AUCUCUCCUCGGCUGCACCGUCCGACCAGCUCUCCGCUCCGCAGGAUGAGUUCGUUCAGCACGAGGGCCCUGACGCUGCUCUCGUCGGUUUUCGGGGCCUGCGGUUUGCUGUUGGUGGGCGUCGCCGUGUCGACAGACUACUGGCUGCUGAUGGAGGAGGGGAUCGUCCUGCAGCAGAACCAGACCACCGAGGUCAAGAUGGCGCUGCACUCCGGCCUGUGGAGGGUCUGCUUCGUAGCAGGGCCUGAGAAGGGCAGAUGUGUGGCGUCAGAAUAUUUCACCGAGCCAGAGAUCGAGAUCACGACAGAAAAUACAGCCAAUAUACUCAAAAUGGUCCGAACCGCCACUCCCUUCCCCAUGAUCUCUCUGCUCUUCGUCUUCACCGCCUUCGUCAUCAGCAACAUCGGACACAUCCGGCCGCAGCGCACCAUCCUCGCCUUCGUUUCUGGAAUAUUCUUCAUACUGUCAGGUCUCAGUCUGGUGGUGGGUCUGGUCUUGUAUAUCUCAAGUAUUAAUGAUGAGGUGAUGAACCGACCCAGAGAGCCGGAGCAGUUCUUCCACUACCACUACGGCUGGUCCUUCGCCUUCGCCGCCUCCUCCUUCCUGCUCAAAGAGGGUGCAGGAGUGAUGUCCGUCUACCUCUUUAUGAAGCGCUACGCGGAGGAGGAGCUGUACAGGCCUCACCCCGCCCUCUACCGCCCCCGCAUGUCCGACUGCAGCGACUACAGCGGCCAGUUCCUCCAUCCGGACUCCUGGCCUCCACCGCAGCGCGGCCGCAGCGCCUCCGACGUCUCCUCCGACAUCUCCAUCCAGCUCAACCAGACUCCGCCCCAACAGCAGCCUCCCAAGGGGGGCAGCAGCUCCCAGCAGACGCCCUCCUCUUCCGGGCCUUCGUCAGCGGCCAGCUACCAGCUCCAGCCGGCCUCGUCCUCCUCCACCUCCUCUUCUUAUCCACACCCACUCCACCCGGCCGCUACCUCCACCCUACCCAGGGUCUCCCACGCCCACGCCCACGGUCAUCCUCAGCCCCACCCCCACCCGAGUGGGCCCCCUCCCCAGUCCCUGCCCAUGGCGGCGCCACCUUCUGCCGUUCCUCCUCCUCGCUAUCACACGCACAUGCGAAUGAGCGCCUCGCCAUGCUAG